GGCCCGGGGCGCGCAGGAAGCGGGUGCGCGGCGCGGAGACGCCCCAGCUCGGGGCCGGCAUGCGCCGACGCGCGCCCCGAGCCUGAGCGGCGCGGGGUCCCCCCGAGCCAGGGGCCAUGGGGCUGCCCACGCUGGAGUUCAGCGACUCCUACCUGGACAGCCCCGACUUCAGGGAGCGCCUGCAGUGCCACGAGAUCGAGCUGGAGCGCACCAACAAGUUCAUCAAGGAGCUCAUCAAGGACGGCUCGCUGCUCAUCGGGGCGCUGCGCAAUCUGUCUAUGGCGGUACAGAAGUUUUCUCAGUCACUACAAGAUUUCCAGUUCGAGUGUAUUGGCGAUGCGGAAACGGAUGAUGAAAUUAGUAUCGCUCAGUCUCUGAAAGAAUUUGCAAGACUGCUUAUUGCCGUGGAAGAGGAGAGGAGAAGGCUGAUUCAAAACGCCAACGAUGUGUUAAUAGCACCGCUUGAAAAGUUUCGGAAAGAGCAGAUAGGGGCGGCAAAAGAUGGAAAGAAGAAAUUCGACAAGGAGAGUGAAAAGUACUAUUCUAUUCUUGACAAGCACCUGAAUUUGUCUGCCAAGAAGAAGGAAUCUCACUUGCAAGAGGCAGACACGCAGCUCGACAGGGAGCACCAGAACUUCUAUGAAGCAUCACUGGAGUAUGUCUUUAAGAUUCAGGAGGUUCAGGAGAAAAAGAAGUUUGAAUUCGUUGAACCGCUCUUGUCCUUCCUCCAGGGCUUGUUCACGUUCUACCAUGAAGGCUACGAGCUCGCCCAGGAAUUCGCCCCCUACAAGCAACAGCUGCAGUUCAACCUCCAGAACACGCGGAAUAACUUCGAGAGCACACGCCAGGAGGUGGAGCGACUGAUGCAGAGGAUGAAGUCGGCCAACCAGGACUACCGCGCCCCUGGCCAGUGGAGCAUGGAGGGUUACCUGUACGUGCAGGAGAAACGGCCGCUGGGCUUCACUUGGAUCAAGCACUACUGCACCUACGACAAGAGCAGCAAAACCUUCACCAUGAGCGUCUCGGAGGUGAAGUCCAGCGGAAAGAUGAAUGGACUUGUCACUGGCUCGCCUGAAAUGUUUAAAUUAAAAUCUUGUAUCAGACGAAAGACAGAUUCAAUUGACAAACGAUUCUGCUUCGACAUCGAAGUGGUUGAAAGGCAUGGCAUCAUCACCCUGCAGGCUUUCUCGGAGGCGAAUCGCAAGCUUUGGCUGGAAGCCAUGGACGGGAAGGAGCCGAUUUACACGCUACCUGCCAUAAUCAGCAAGAAGGAAGAAAUGUACCUCAACGAGGCAGGUUUCAACUUCGUGCGGAAAUGCAUCCAGGCCGUGGAGACGAGAGGCAUCACCAUCCUGGGCCUCUAUCGGAUCGGCGGUGUCAACUCCAAGGUGCAGAAGCUCAUGAACACGACGUUCUCCCCCAAGUCUCCUCCCGACAUUGAUAUCGACAUUGACCUGUGGGACAACAAGACCAUCACCAGUGGCCUGAAGAACUACCUCAGGUGCCUCGCAGAGCCACUGAUGACCUACCGGCUGCACAAGGACUUCAUCAUGGCUGUCAAAUCUGAUGACCAGAACUACCGGGUGGAAGCUGUCCAUGCUUUGGUGCACAAACUGCCCGAGAAAAACAGAGAGAUGCUGGACAUCCUGAUAAAGCACCUGGUCAAAGUGUCCAUGCACAGCCAGCAGAACCUCAUGACCGUCUCCAACCUCGGGGUCAUAUUUGGUCCGACUCUGAUGAGGGCGCAGGAAGAGACCGUGGCAGCCAUGAUGAAUAUUAAAUUUCAGAACAUUGUAGUUGAAAUACUAAUAGAGCACUAUGAAAAGAUCUUCCAUUCAGCCCCGGACCCGAACAUCCCUCUGCCCCAGCCUCAGUCCCGAUCCGGAUCCCGAAGGACGCGCGCCAUCUGCCUCUCCACAGGCCCCCGCAAACCCAGGGGCCGGUAUACUCCGUGCCUGGCGGAACCCGACAGUGACUCCUACAGCAGCAGCCCCGACAGCACGCCCAUGGGCAGCCUCGAAUCUCUGUCCUCACACUCGUCUGAGCAGAACAGCACCGCGAAGCCCGCCUGCGGGCAGCCCCGGGAGAAGGCAGGGGCUGUGCCCUGGAUCGCGUCCCCCUCCACUUCCAACGGCCAGAAGAGCCUCGGCCUCUGGACCACUACAAGCCCUGAGUCCAGCUCUCGGGAGGACGCCACGAGAACGGACGCCGAGUCGGACGGGCAGAGUGUGGCGUCAGUCACCAGCCCCGGGGACGUCUCCCCACCCAUAGACCUGCUCAAGAAAGGGCCCUACGGACUGUCGGGUUUGAAAAGGGCUUCGGCGUGCUCGCUCCGGUCCAUCUCCACAGCUGAAGGAAGCAAGAGCUACGGUGGCUCCAUUCAGAGCUUGACUUCCAUCGGCUCUAAAGAGACGCCGAAAGCCCCCGCCAACCCAGAUCUGCCGCCCAAGACGUGCAGGAGGUCCAGGCUGGACACAGCCUCUAGCAACGGCUACCAGCGGCCUGGCUCCGUAGUGGCAGCAAAAGCCCAGCUGUUUGAAAAUGCCAGUUCACUAAAGCCAGUUUCUUCUGGGCGCCAUGCCAAAGCCAUGUACUCCUGUAAGGCGGAGCACAGCCACGAGCUCUCCUUCCCGCAGGGGGCGAUCUUCUCCAACGUGUACCCAUCGGUGGAACCAGGAUGGCUAAAGGCAACUUAUGAAGGCAAAACAGGACUAGUUCCAGAAAAUUAUGUUGUCUUCCUCUAAUACUAUUUAGUGGAUGGUAGUAUCUUCAUGGUAUCCAUGGUAACAAGUGCUAUGAUUUUAUCUGACACAGAUAUGGGAUCAGCCCAUGAAAUCAAACAUGCAAUCUCUACCAAGUCCUAUACCAGCAGACUUUGUAGCUUCCUGUCAAUGGAAAAGGAAAGAAGUUUGAUUUGCCAAUCUUUCACUCUUUGGCUGGUUUCUUAUUUAAAACCGUCUUGCCUUUUUUCUUUUCUUUUUUUUUGAUAAGUAACUCUGUACGGGUUGGAGCGAUAGCACAGCAGUAGGGCGUCUGCCUUGCACGCAGCCAAUAUGGCCGACCCGAGUUCAAUUCCUCUGCCCCUCUCGGAGAGCCCAGCAAGCUACCAAGAGUAUCUCGCCUGCACGGCAGAGCCUGGCAAGCUACCCAUGACAUAUUCGAUAUGCCAAACACAGUAACAACAAGUCUCACAAUGGAGACGUUACUGGGCCCGCUCGAGCAAAUCGAUGAACAACGGGAGGACCAUGAACUCUGUACAGUGUCUCUUUGAUAACAGUUGUGAAAUCUCAGAUACCGUUUUUCAGAACUAUAUCUCAGAAAUUUAGAAACCCAGAAAUCUGUCCUGUAUUGCCUUGCUGUUCUCUGAGGAACCUUGAAAUCAUUAUUUAGAAAUGUAAUUUAAAUUGUUCACUUAUUAUUCUAUCUUAAAAAUAUACUGCUUUUAUAUGAUUGUUUUUGCUGGUCCUAAACAUUUCAGGAACAUUAAGUUUUUGAAACAAUAGUAUUCCAAACAGUAAUGACUGUCUAAUGGCCUUAAGUUUAGCCCAGUAAAUUACCUAUGACUCCAUUCUAAGCAUUCCAGACCCCUUACAUGGGUUCCAAGCCAGGGCCAACAUACUGUUUCUCUACAGGCCUGGGAAGUAUCCUGGGUCUGCAGCCAUAGACUAAUAAGCACGAACUGUACGCUUUCAACAUCUAUUUAAAUGUAUUUGGUUGGGACCAUCCAAAAGCAGGUGGCUGGCCUGACAGGGAUGGUUUGCUGACUGUGUAUAGGUUGCGUGACAUGUACGGACGUGGGGACUCCAGGCCCACCUCUGCCACGGCACUACAGCGGCAUCAGAAACAUAAAUAUGAUUGGAGGAAAAUAGCUCGGAAAGAUGCCACAGCGUCAAUUCUACUCAUGGGGAAUGUGAUGUGUGUGUGUUUUUUUUACUGAUAUUUAAUUGUGGCUUAUGAGGGAUUUUCCAUUUUCCACUUCCAAAUGUUAAGUAUGUUGUUUUAAAAUGCUGUUAGGGAAGCGCCACUGAUAAAAAGUCUAGUUGAAGCAGGAUACUUCAAUUAGCAAAGUUUAAAAUGGUUUCAUUGCCUUUAGGAAGCAUAAAAUCUACCUGAUCUUUGUACUAUUCCUAAUUCAGUCUACUGUCCCCGUAGGAAUCUCACUGAACUUAAAGAGCAUGGAAAUAGAUGUAUUUUCUCUAUGCCAUCGGGCUUUGCAUCAACCAUUACUUUAAUAAAUCCAGAUUCCACAGAGCUGGUUUCCUGCCCGUGUGGGCCCCAUUGUGGACCCUCUCGUUCUGUCUGCGUUCUCCACUUACCAUGCUGACAUGAACGGAGUUAAAGCAUGUUUCUGGGAGUUAGCCAGUUGGAUGACAUGAGCACAGGGCACCCAUAAACAUGCAGGUGCCAGAGAGCCCUGGAGGCACCGCUGGGUGGUCUGGUACCCCACACCCAACCCCAUCUCCUCAGCAGCCUCAGGCCCUGAGUCACAUGGCUGAGCAUUUCUUGGGAGCUAUCUGUGCUUUGCCCUCAUCCUAGAUAUUCAGAGCCCCCUGCCCCCAGUAUAUCAAAUUAAAAUUGGAAUAAGUAGGUUUUGAAAGUAAAGAGAGUCAUCGCAGAAUCCUAUCCUGUGAUGGACGCAAAUGCUCUAAGUAGGGCAAGCCCAACUGAGGAAGUUUUUCCUUCUCCAGAAACCCCCUCCCCUGCUGUCUGCCUGCCUGCGGCCCUCUGACCUUCGUGCUGGAACAGAAAGUUGUCUUCCAAUGUACCAGUUUCCGCACUAGAACUCUUGCCAUCCUGCUGCAUCCUGCUGGAUUAGAACCUCUUAAAGCAAAUUGAUUUUCUUUCAGAGACCAACUUGACUCCAGAAAGGGAUUCAGAAUCCUACUUUCACUUACUACUGCAGAAAGAAAUCUCCAUUUUUCUUUUUUUGUUUUUUUUUUUUAACACAGACCAGAGUGUUCCUGCAUCCAGUUGUCUAGGAGCUACUUCCACUGACGCUCAGCGAUGAAUUGGAGCCUCUGUGGUUCAAAGGCCUGGGGUGUGAAAUCUAGCCCUUUUUGUGGGAAGGCUCUAGGGAAAGUACUCGAGGCCCCUUUCUUAAAACAAGCUACAAAAAAGGGGGGGGGGGUUCAGUUUGUGCUUUUGCUUCAACUUGUGUGGAUUUUUAGGGCUCUACCCGGCAAUGCUCAGGGGUUGCUCCUGGCUCUGCUCUCAGGGAUUGCUCCUGGCAGUGUUCAGGAUUGAACGUGUAUCAGUUGCAUGCCGGUGCCCUACCUGCUCCCACCCUCAACUUCAAAUUGUGCAGAAUUGGGAGACUGAUGUCUUUUGUUCAUUUGACUGCUUGUGCAAGCAAGUCCUGGCUAUUUGCUGGCCACAGGCUCCCUCUGCACACAGGGAAGAUUGUUUCUGGUGAGCACUGAAAAAUACCAGUGCCUGUUCCCUCAAUUGUCUUGGGCACUAACUACAAAUACAGGUCUUUGAAAGAGGAGACUCACAUUCAAAACUCACGCAUCUCAGUGACAGCUUAGCUUUUCAGAGUCAGUGUGACUCUAGGAAAAGUGAGGAUGACCGCCAGAGGGGAUUCCAUAGGGGAGCUCUCUCACUGCACCACAAUAAAAUACCUCCCGAGUAUAGACUACCCACCGACCCACUGACCCACCAGGGAACUGUGUCCUGGCCAGUGCUCCAGGCUGGGAGAAGAGAGAUGCCUCAGGCUUUCCCUGCUGGGCAGGCUGAUGUCUGAAGCUCUCAACUAAGUGCCUUUUGCCCUUGUGAAUGGCCUGGCAAGCUUUUUGUUUUGUCAUUCAAAAGAGGUUUCUCGAACUGUGGCCCUCUGGCAGGUCUAGGAAAGGUAAAAAGAGAACUGUAGGUCAGUUUCACUGCAUCCAGGCUCCCUAGCAGGACGCACUCACUGGGGUCACACCUGGGCAAAGUGCCAGCCCCCAGCCCCAGAGCAGCUCAGCUGGAGUCCCUCAGCUUUCCUCCCUCCAGACAGCACUGAUAGAAGGUCUGCCACACUCAGAGGCCUGAUUUACACUUGGAACUUGAGGAAGUGCAGUUUAGGGCAGACUCUGUGCCCUGGGUGAGCGGCUGAUUUGACAGUGACAGGACAGCUUUGUGAAGGUCUGACUCGGGGAGUUGAAACCCCAAGCUGCACCGCGGGG